AUAAAUACAAGGGCAAAGCCGGGAUCCCAGUGAGUGAGGGAGUAGCGAGCUCAGGAGUCCUCAGGCCAGCUCCACCCACACCCUGGGAAAAUGAAGAUCUCCACAGCUGCCUUCUUCCUCGUUUUCGCUGCUGCGCUUGGAUCCCAGGCCCAGAUCAUUCGUGAAUCCCUGGUAGACAUGCAUCCAUUUGAACCAUCAAUGCAUACGGAAAGCUUUCACCGUCCCACUGACUGCUGCGUCUCCUACACCACACGAAAUAUCCGAUGUGUAUUCAUGCAAGAUUAUUAUGUAACAAGCAGUGAGUGCUCCAUGCCUGCUGUCAUCUUCUUCACCAAGAGGAGGCAGAAAGUCUGUGCCAACCCCAGAGAUGAGCGAGUUCAGUCCUGCAUAAGGUACCUGCAGCCGACCCAAGGGACCAAGGGGCUGAGAAAAAUGAACCUUGCUUGAGAAGAGAUGUAGGUGCCAGCCACCCCACCUCCACCUUCCUUGCCCCAACUACCUCCUGGGAGUUUCUUAACCUGGAUUACUUUUUAAAAAGCAGCAAUUACUGUUCUGUUUGGUUAUAAUAGCAAUGCAUUAAUAAAGAGUAUCCACUCUAACUUCACUUGAAUUUUAAGAGAAAAAAGAAACUGUAGGAAUUGUUGGACCUUGGAUUUGUGGGGUUUCUUUUUUUCAAGAUGGAACAUCAUAGCAUAACUUUUUAAAAGACUGAGUAUGUGUCAAAAAUCGACUUAACCCUGGGAAUGAGGGAACCAUAAAACCGAUCCAAAGAUCAUCUGAGGACAGAGAUCAUUUGAGGAACAUUCAUUGUGGAUGGCAUUCUGAAAUUUUGCUAAGUUACAGAAAAACAGAUUAAUAUCCUGUAAAACAAUAAAACUGUAACUUGGGGGAUUAUGGUUUCUCCUAGACAAAAAUCAUUUGUAUCUGUACUAUAUAAAAAAACUACAAGCAAACAUGUAAUUUCACAAAGUCUGGGGCCUGAUCAAUAGUAAAUAAAACAGCAAUCAAAAGUA